GUAAUGAAAUCCGGCUUCGCAUUUUCCAGGUUUCCACUGAAGGGGCGGGGAUUCUUUAUUUAAGUGAACACAUAGGCAAUUGAUAAGUUGUGAAGGCACAAAAAAGAAAUUUGCUUUUACAAUAAGGAUUUCAUCAGUUGGUUGAUUUGCGUAAACGCUUCAUUGCAGCCUAAGUGGUUGAGUUGUUCGGCGUGUUCGCUACGCCAGGUGUUAGACCAGAAGUGUUGGUGGGGGGAAAAUGCCAUCUUUUUUAUGGAGGCUUUGGCCUGGCCUGGUGCUGAUCCUCUUCCCGUCUACGCUGGCGGAUGACAAAGAGUCUUCGCUGCUACAGGACUGGCACGACGUGUGGCUGUUCCGCUUCUUCCUCAACAUGCUGGGCUACGCCACCAUCAUCAUACCUGGCUACUUUCUCAUUGGGUACUUCAAGAGGAUCAACUACCUCGAAACAGGUCGUGGCAUUUGCUAUCCUGUCAUAAAGGCCUGUGUGUUUGGGAGUGAAUCGAAGACGGGUCUCCUGGACGACGUGUCCAUAGCUCAGAGAAAUGACGCUGACUCGGGCUCGUCGGCCAGACAAGCCUUCAAGUUAGUCUUCUGCGCUGCGGGACUUCAGGUAUCCUACUUGACAUGGGGUGUCCUACAGGAGAGGGUGAUGACGCGCUCAUACGGGGCCUCCACCCCCGAGGAGGAGGGUGAGCGCUUCAAGGACUCGCAGUUCCUGGUGUUCAUGAACCGCAUCCUGGCACUGACCGUGUCCGGCCUGUGGUGUCUCCUGUUCAAGCAGCCUCGCCACGGUGCACCCAUGUACAAGUACUCAUUCGCCUCGCUCUCCAACGUCCUCAGCAGCUGGUGCCAGUACGAGGCCCUCAAGUACAUCAGCUUCCCCACCCAGGUGCUGGCCAAGGCCUCUAAAGUGAUCCCCGUCAUGCUAAUGGGCAAGAUCGUGUCACACAAGAGCUAUGAGUACUGGGAGUACCUGACGGCGGCGCUCAUCUCUCUGGGCGUCAGCAUGUUCUUGUUGACGAGCACGACCGGUAAGCACCCUUCUACGGUCACAACUUUCAGUGGCGUGGUCAUCUUGGGCGGCUAUAUAGUCUUCGACAGCUUCACAUCCAACUGGCAGGACAACCUGUUCAAGUACAAGAUGUCGUCGGUACAGAUGAUGUUCGGCGUCAACCUCUUCUCCUGCCUCUUCACCGUGGGCUCGCUGCUGGAGCAGGGCGCCUUCUUCGACUCGCUGGCCUUCAUGACGCGCCAUUCGGAGUUCGCCUUCCACGCCGUGCUGCUGUCGGUUUGUUCAGCAUGCGGCCAGCUCUUCAUCUUCUACACCAUCGCGCAGUUCGGCGCCGCCGUCUUCACCAUCAUCAUGACCCUGCGGCAGGCCAUCGCCAUCCUGCUCUCCUGUUUCCUGUACGGCCACGUUGUCACAAUGGUGGGGGGCUUCGGCAUGGCUGUGGUCUUCCUCGCCCUCUUCCUGCGCGUCUAUGCCCGCAUCCGCAUGAAGGCGGGACGCAGGGCGCAGCAGCCACAGGUGCAGAAGGUCUAGGAGGAGUCUGAGGAGGGAACUGGAAAAACAAACUGAAGCCACGUUUUCAGUGGGGCUUUUUCCUGUCUCUGUGUGUCCCGUUUGACUUUUUGUGUUCAUUUAAUGGGUCUCUACUUUGUAGAGGAAAGGUACAGAAAGGGAUUCUAAUGCCUUUUUUAAAGGUGUUUGACUUCACACGAACCGAGCCGUCGCCACACAGGUCAAUUAGUCUCGAAAACCCAACCUUAGGCAACACAAUGACUAGGGUCUGGUUUCAAUUAUGGACUCUUUUGUCAGAGGAACUACGUCACUGCCUAAGUCACUACUUUAUCUGCUUGAAUAAAAUACAAAAUAGUAGCUAGCAAAAUUAUCAGAGGUUAUUUUUAAUGAGUGAAUUUCGCAAGUGGAUAGUUUGCAUCAACUACCUUAACUAAAACCAUUGCAAAGGUAUUCGCGACGUUCUGGCAUAUCUGCCUCUUGAUUUGUUGGGAGAGUCCCCGGAAUGUAUUUUUUUUCCUUAUCAACGUAGGCCCCGUGUAGCUCAGUUAGUAGAGCAUGGCGCUUGCAACGCCA